UUUUGUGUGUGCCUCUAGCGCGCUGGAAUUGCGAAGGCAGUAAAUAAUAAAGUUUGGCUCAGAUGGCAGCGACGAGGCUGUGGACGACGGGGUUUCUGCUCCACGCUGCCUUCAUUUUGCUAAGUGGGGCGUCUCCGGAGACCCGUUGCUACUGGUGCGGGCCGCUGGCGGAGCAGGUGCACCGCAGCCGGCGCUCGGCGGCCUGCGGCGCCUCCGACCACAUCACCGUGUGCGAGCCCGGCUACAACUACUGUGCGGUCGUCGCUACUUCACCACCUCGAGUAGAGUCGCGAUACUGCGUAAAAGUGUAUCAGGAUGAGUGCUACCCGGUCUAUUGCAACUCGACCAAAACGUGGAAGAUGACCUGUCCGUGCCGGGGCGACCUCUGCAAUGGACCUAACACUGAGAGAGAGGACGAGGCCUUCGCUCUUCUCCCCAAACUAGUAGCCAAGACACACAAUGCGCGGAUCAAAAAAAGAACAGCGAAUGCAGCACCACAUUUGAUAAAGCAUGAGAGGAAAACCCGAAUAAUCAGCAACGAAGACGCAGUAAUUCACAAUAUGUCUAACCUUAGUUCUAACGAGGUGAAUAACGUCCCUCAUGAUAAUAAACUUAUUGUAACUGAAAAUGAUGCUAUAUCUAACAUUGAAGGUAAUCUGAAUCAGCAAUCCGGAAAUAUGCAGUCGGAUCAACCAGUCAAUAUAAUAGUUGAACAUCACAGUGAAGACAACACUCAAAGUACUGUUGCUAACAUAGAGAAUAUGCAGACAUCUACUGUUGUCAAUAAUCAACUUAUCGAAAUUGAGAUUCAUGUCAGUGACCCAACAGAAAAACCGAGUGCCGUCAAAGGAGACGAGCGACCGUGCACCGACUCUACAACUAAGGCGGAAUCCAACGAAGCAGGCAAAAAUACAGAGCCUAUAAAAGUUGAAGAAUCGUCUCUAGCUACCACAGAUAAAAGCAUGUUAGAGACUGAGGCUGCUAUGAAAACCACGGGAAAUAUAAAUGCUGUUGAAAGCGAAACGAUCAAACCAACAGAAACUGUUCAACAGCCUGCUAUAGAAACAAAAUCCACAGACAAAUUCCAUGCUGAAUCACCGGCGAGCACUACAGAAAUCAUGCCAAAUGAUCAAACCAUGAAUUCUAUUGAUCAAAUGCAAAAUGAUGCUCCACUUAUAAGUCCAACAGAUACUGUUAAUAUAAAAACUACAGAAGUAAUUAAAGUGGAUCAACUGCCAACUAAGGACACUGUGAAAGCAAGUAGUGGAAUUCCUACAGCAGAAGCUCUUCUACAAAACGGGAGCCCUCCUGUGUCUACAGCUCCUAUUCUAGUUACAGAAAAACCUACUGAACCUUCAACUACCGAAGUCACGACAGUCCCCACCAUUUUGACCACUCGGGAACCAAUAACAAUACAGACAACUACACCAGCGCCCCGUCGUAAAAACAACUCGGUACGAAUAACAUUUAGUUACUCGCUAAUAGUUCUAAUUUGCUUAGUAUAUUUGUAGAUGUAAGAUUAUUUUUAUACUUGCAUAACUCACAAAUAGCCGUAUCAUAGUAAACAAAUGUAAUAUUGAUCUCUAUUUCAAUAACGUUAGGUAUAACAGUU